AAUAAGAACCGCAAAAAAAAAAAAAAAUCAGGGGCCAGAACCGGAGGCCCGAAGGGUGAGAGGGAAAGGAUAACAAUCGCAUUUGCACAGAAUCCAGGCGCUGCAAUCCCUGCAUCAAUGCCCUCAGCAAUCACCUCCACUUUGCUUCUCUCUUCAAAACCCAUAUUCCUAUUCAAAAAUCCCUUCUACUUAGCACCUUCAACAUGUCCAAAAGGCCCCAUUUCUCCUCAGCUAAAGCCUCUCACGUUGAAAUGCAGCGGUAACUCGGAGGAGCAAGAAACAAGCAAUGGCUUGAAGGAUGCCCUUUCUGGUAUCCUUGGCAAGCAGGUUGAGGAACUCUUGAACCGAGAAGAGAAUAAGGGUUUGCUUGAUGGAUUGGAGAAGGCUUCAGAGAGAGUAGAGAUUGCUAAGAGACAACUUGCAGAGAUUGAAAAACAAGAACUUGAAGCUCGGUUAUUGAGAAAUUACAUUGACCAAUUAGAAUCCAGGGCCUCCGAGAUUGCAGAAACUGAGCAGGAGAUUUCACAAGCACGGGCCAUGAUUGAAGAAGCAGAACGCUCACUUGGACCUAAUGAAGCUAAUUAUGGAGAUGGAAACGCUUUCAGCAGCCAAGAAGAUGGUGAAGAAGGAAUUGAUACUGAUAAAGAGAGAGUAGAGUCAUUAAAAGCAGCUUUGAUAUCUGCAAUUGUUGGCACCCUUGCUGGAUUCCCCAUCUCCCUAACCCAAGUUUCCAGCACCACUCAGCUGCUGCUCCCUUUAUCACUCAAUUUCAUCAGCUGUGCAUUGUUUGGGGUCACUUUUCGCUAUGCAGUUAGGAGGGACUUGGACAAUUUUCAGCUCAAGACCGGCACAUCUGCAGCUUUCGGUUUUGUGAAAGGUCUUGGUACAUUGGGAGGAGGGGCUCCUCUGGAACUGGAUCCUGGAAGCUUCUUGUCUCAUGCUGUUGAUGGUGCAGUUUAUGUAUCCCAGAAUCUUCUCGUUUUUUUAUUUGCUGCUGUUGGCUUGGAUUUUUGCAUUAAGAUGAGGAUUUUAAGUCCUUUUCCCAUGAAAAGAUCAGCUCCGAGGACGGAUACAAGGUGAUCAGAAAUUUCAAAUGGAUGAGAAUCAGUAUUUAUGGCUCAUUUUGACUGCAUUCUAUAUCAUACUUGGAUUACAAUCCCCCCAACCCCCAAUGGGAACAUGAGAUAGUUCAUUAUUAGCUAUACUUGUAAUAAACUUAACAUAGUGGCUGCCGAAGUGUAUGGUAAACCUAAUCGAUUGUUUACAUAAAGAGUUUAAAGAUGCUGGUUAAUUCAAAACCAUUCAA